GGAACCACUGACAUAGUGGAACGCUCCCAUUGAAAUUACGCGAGAUUGUACUGCUUUUCAGUGAUUAACCUCAAUAAAAGCUAAUUAGGGGAGGUGGUGAAUUACGAGAUCGCGUUCGUGUGGAUGGAAGUGAGGAUUUCCGAUACAUCACAAUGAAGUUAAGCUUGUUUAAUUGAGAUCUGAGGUCCUGAUUUUCUACAACAUGUGUUCUAUUCCUGGACUACCAAUACCAGGAUCCCAAGUAUCAGUUCUCAUCACAAGGGUAAACCUAAAUCCUAUCUGUGCUCUAGUGGAAUUGUGGGGAAACUUUUUUCAAGAAAGGAGAAAUGCUUAUCAGCAAAUGAGAAAGGAAAUUCAGAUUUCCAUAAAGAUGUUUUUUAAAUCCGAGGGAAACCCUGGAGACCUGUGUCUAGCUCAUCUUAAUGAAACCUGGCACAGGGCUAGAAUAAUAUCAAAACAUGAGCAGCGUUACAAUGUGUUUCUCAUUGAUGAAGGGAUAUAUCAAGUUGCUUCAAGCAAUGCCUUAGCAUGGGGUCAGAAGGAAUGUUUUACUUUACCCGCAGAAGUGGAGUUCUGUGUUCUUGCCAAUGUGUUCCCCUUAUCUCAUGAAACCAAAUGGACUCCAAGCGCCUCAGAUUUUUUAGAGUCUCUUUGUGGUAAAACAUUCAGUGGAAUGGUGCAGGAUAUAUUGCCGGACAGAACAGUCCUCCUUUAUAUUCCGACUGUUAACCGACAUAUGUAUGAAGUCGGCUUUGCCAGAAAUCUCCACAGUGAGAAAUUCAAACAACUUGUUAUAUCAUCGCUCAACUUGCCAAAGAGCAAAGCCUUGUUGACAAAAGCAGUGCUGCCUACCGUGUCACAAGAACAGACUGAAAUGGGCAGAGAACAGAAUGAAACAAGCAGAGAACUUGAGCAAUUUCAGCAAUAUUUCUAUCCAGAACUGCUAGCUAACUCAGUAGAGAUUGUGGAAGUCACAGAGGUCAUUAACCCACAGCGCAUCUUCUGCAGACUCUCAAUUUUCUCCAAGAGCAGAAGAAACUCUCUGAACAGAUUCAUGAAUAUCAUGAAGGAGAUUGUCUUUUUGCAGGAAAGUCCCCAGGUCUCAGGAACUCCAUGCACAGCAAGAGGAAGCAAUGGCCAGUGGUAUCGAUCUCUACUGCAGCAGGACAUUGGAUCAGACAGUACUGUUGUGGAAGUACUACAUGUGGAUAGUGGGAAGACUGAUUUUGUCCAUGUGAGUAACAUCAGACUACUGGCUGCCAAGUUCUUGAGAUUUCCAGUCGUGACUUAUGUCUGCUCACUCCAAGGGAUCAAGAACACAGACAUUGGCUGGACAGUGGAUGAAAUUGAAUAUCUAAAAUCUUUGCUCUUGCACCAGACUGUCAUUGCCAAAUUUCAAUACAUGGACUUGGGUAUAAACUAUGUGACACUCUAUAGAGAGGACAAUGUAAACAUCAACAACCUUUUCAAGGGGAUGAAAAGAGAGAAUCUGGUGUCGGACGGUCCUCCAACUCAAGUCAAAGUGGAACAAAUUUCCUCAGAAAUACAAGACUGUGAGUCUCCCAGUCCAGACUCUCCCUCAGCAACAGAGGCUGUCCUGAAUGCAAAUUUGUUACAGGUAGGCAGUAUCUUGGACAUCAAAGUAUCUUUCAUUGAAAGUCCGACAAAAUUCUGGUGCCAGAUAGCACAAGAGAGUACAAGUCUUAAAAUCCUUAUGCAAGACAUCCAGCAUCAUUAUGCCUCCACUCCUCCACAGAAAAUGGAUGAAGACAUUUGUGUUGCUCUUAAUCCUGAUGAUGGAAAGUGGUACAGAGCCCAGAUCAUUCGAAAUUGUCAGCUUUCCCAUGUAGAUGUGCGGUACAUAGAUUAUGGAAGAACCAAAAGGGUCUCUUUGAAGGACUUGCGCCCCUUGGAACCAGUGUUUCGUAGACUCAAUCCCCAGGCUUUUCAAUGUUACCUACAGAAUUUGACCACUCCAACCAGUCCUUUUCCAAUAGAAUGGAGUGAUACUUCUUCAUUUGAGUUCCAGAACUUGGUUGACUCCAAUGUCAGCUUGAAAUGCACCAUAAAGGCAGUUAUGAAUGAUCCUCAAGGCUUCAUGGUUACUAUGUUAGUAAAUGAAACACCAUUUAAAAGUGCUUUCAAAUUAUUGGUUCAAAAAGGAGUUAAAGCCCCAGCUCCUAUGAAACCUCCACUUUCUCAUGCACUACCCAAAACCUAUAACUUCUCAUUAUACAACAUUGAAGUUGGAACAAAAGAGAAGGUGUGGAUCACUAGUGUAAAAAGCAUUGAUCAGUUCUACGGCCAACUUGAAAGAAAUUCUGCUGUAAUUGACAAACUAACAAAAGAUCUUCAGCAUCUUUGCCACCAGCCAAAGCAGAGUGCAAAAUGUCCUCAAUCAUUAGAAGCUGUUUGCAUUGCAAAAUAUACUGAUAUGCAGUGGUACAGAGGACAGAUUAAAGCAACACAUCCAAUCAUCCAGGUUAAUUUUGUUGAUUAUGGUAACACUGCAGCAGUGAGCCAAUCAGAUAUCCUUCCCUGGCCUGUAGAAGGUGACUUGCUCAUGUCAGUUCCAGUGCAAGCUGUUCUGUUUGGACUCAAUGGUGUUCCAGGACAUGUAUCGCAAAAGGUCCACAGCUGGUUUGAACAGCGUGCCACCAACCAAAGCGUUACCUUCAAAGUGGUAGGAAAAGAUUCUGGUGGAAAACUGUUAGUUGAACUGUAUGAUGGAACAAUCCAUAUAAAUGAGAAAGUCAGAGAGAAACUGAAAGAGGAGACACUAGGAAAAUGUGUUUUAGUCCAACAGCCUUCUAGCAGCUGUAAACGAUCAAGUUUUGGAUACCCAGAUGGUUUUCAGAAGGAAUUGAUUUUCCCCAAUUUUGUGCAAACGGCAACAUCUUACAGUUGGAAUGCAAGUGGAACUGCAAUAAACCACAGUAAUGCAAUGUGUUUUGCAUUGCUGCAAAAGAGAGUCGGAGAAUUUACUCUUCAACAGUCACCAGAGGACAAAACCUCAGAAAAGAAGCCAAUGGCUGAACAUGAUGGAAAUAAAUAUAGUGUCUAUAAACUUGCUGACCUUCCACUGAGACCCUUGAAACCAGGAUUGGUAACUGAGGUGUAUGUUUCACACUGCAACAGCCCUUCCAGUUUCUUCAUUCAAAUGACAAAGGAUAGAGAUAAUAUCUCUCUUGUGAGCAAACUUGUUUCACAGUCUAGUGAUGCCCCUCUGGUUGACCUGAAGAAACUCCAGUCUGAUGACUUGGUGAAUGCAGAGCAUCCCAAAAACACCUCAUGGUAUCGUGCCGUAGUAAGGAGCAAACCUGGAAAUGGAACAGUUCAUGUUGAAUUUAUAGACUUUGGAAAUGAAGCAACAAUUCCAUCUCUGAAAGUAAAACAAAUUGAUAAACAGUGCCUAGAAUAUCCCAGGUUCAGUAUUCAUUGUAUACUAGGAGGGAUAACUAAGGCUAACAAUAAAGAGACAUGGUGUGACGAGGUCAAAUUAAUGUUCAAAAAGGCUACAACAGGCAACAGUGAGAAGAAACUGGCAUGCACGUUCAUAAAGGAGAUCGGGUCUGUUUGGGAAGUCAGUCUAGAAGAUGAAGGUAUUGUUUUUGAACAUUCAGUAAAAGCUUAUCAAACAGUCCGAGCAGAUGCAUCACAUUUAUUUUCAGGUGUAAGCACAAUUCCCCUACUGUACAAGAAGCCAUGUAUUUCCCAGAACCAGACUUUAGAUGUCUAUGCAUCCUCUAUAACUGGACCCAACUACUUCUGGUGUCAACAUGCAAACUCUGAGGAACUAGACAGAAUCUCAUCAAUUGCUCAAGAGUUUGGUAAGUUAGAACUGCAAGACUCUAUCCUCAUGGAUACCUUAAGCUCCAGAAGUCCUUGCCUUGCUCUGUUUGAGGAAGACAACCGAUGGUAUCGUGCUCAGGUCAUUCACAAAACUGAUAAUCUUUUCACUGUUCUCUUUGUGGACUAUGGAAAUGAGUCCAAAGUUGAUCUCAAAGCCAUGAAGUCAAUCCCACCUUUGCUCCUAGACAGCGCCCCUCAGGCCUUUUUGUGUUCUCUGGAUGGAUUUGAGCAGUCCAAAGGUAUCUGGGAUGACAAUGCUGUGGAUGGGUUCUAUCAGCUUAUAGUUGACAAAUCAUUGAAAGUUAAAGUUCAGAAUAUGGAUGAUAACAUGGAAAAUCCCACCCCACAGUACCAGGUCAAAGUAGAGUGUGCAGAUCAUGUUAUAAACGACUUGAUGAGAAGUAACUGGUGUUGCUAUGAUUUGCAGGUCAUUAGCAAACCAUUUGAGUGCACUGUUUCAAAUGAAACUUUAAAUUUGUCUGAGUAUAAAUGUCCUACACAAGAAACAAAUCCCAAGUGGAAUUCCACUGAGCUUUCAGUGAUGGAUGGAUCACCAACCAUUAAGCAACAUUCAGAAGACAAUAUGGCAGUCAGAAGAAUCUGUUAUGAUGGUCUUGCAGGAGUCUCAAUGUUUCAUCCCAAAAGUUUGCAGGCUAGACACUCACUUCCUGGUGCACCCGUGUUUAGCAUUCAUUGUUCUUUAAAUGGACUUCUAGAUAAUCAAGACAAAAACUUUGAACAAAACUUGCUCCAGUUCAAGAAAUAUGUAAACAGUGAGAAAAAAAUUACCUGCAAGUUCAUCCAAGAGACUGGAACCACUUGGGAGGUUUGUUUUAUAGACCAGAACGACAUACUAACAGAUUCACAAAAUCUAUGUUGUUCAGCUUCAGAAUCUAAUCCUCUUGACAAGAAAAUCCCAAGUUCUGGAUCUGUGCCAUCUCAGUCCAAGGGGGCUCACAGAAAGCAUGCUACUCAGCUGCAGUUCCGGGAACCAGAUGUUUUCUUGGGACAGACUCUGGAUGUGUAUGCAUCCUCCAUUGCUGGCCCUGAAUAUUUCUGGUGCCAGUAUGCAAACUCUGAGGAACUCUGUGAAAUCUCUAAACUUUGUCAGGAUAUUGGAAAUGCAAAACAAAAGGACACAGUCCCAAGGUUUAUCCUGAACCCUGGAAGUCCUUGUCUGGCGCUCUUUUCUGAAGAUGAGCAAUGGUAUCGAGCUCAGAUUAGCAAAUGUGAUAAAAUUAUCACUGUUGUCUUUGUGGACUAUGGAAAUGAGUCUGAAAUUGAUUUGAAGUCUCUGAAGUCACUUCCAAUUCAGCUGCUGGAGCUCCCACCUCAGGCCUUUUUAUGUUCCUUGAAUGGAUUUGAGAGCUCAAAAGGCAGCUGGAAUGACAAUGCAAUUGAUAGAUUCUAUGAGCUCCUUGCUGAUAAGCCAUUAAAAGUGACUAUUCAGAAAAUUGAUUGUAACAAUGAGCUCCCCAUUCCUCAAUAUGAAGUUAAAGCAGAGUGCGAAAAGCUAGUUGUGAAUGACUUCAUGAAGAAGUUGUGUGGAGGGAGCUUCCCUGCUGAGUCUCAAUCAGAAGAGAUGUCUGACUGUUGUAGUGGCAACUGGAAGAAACCUAUGGUUGAAUCUGCUUAUUGAGCUGUUUUGGUUUAUGGGUGGGAUGGAUGUCUGACAUGUCAAGUCUAUAAUGUUUGUUCUGUAGAAAGUCAGGCCAUUCAUUGAUAGCAUACUUUUUAAAUAUCAUUGUCAGAUUCGACAACCAACCAUUUCCUAUACAAGAAUGUUGUUAAUCCACUGCCAGGGGGACCAUCCAUAUUCAGAGUUUCCAGGGGAGCAGUUCCUGGUAUUGUGCAAUCAUACUAGAAACUACUGGAGACCCAAAGUUCAUGUACAAUACAUAGACAAUGGGCAAUUAGCAAAUGUUUCAUCCCUCAAAGUUUGCAGGCUAGACACUCACUUCCUGGAGCACACGUUGUUUUAGCAUUCAUUGUACUUUAAGUGGACUUGUAGACAGUCAAGACAAAGACUUUUGAACAAAACUUGAUCCAGUCCAAAAAAGUUGUAGACUGAGAAAAAAAUUACCUGCAAGUUCAUCCAAGAGAUUUCCUAGUUCUCUGCUGCUCAGAGGUGUGUACUCAUUUUCAAACGCCUUGCAUGCUCUGUCUUCAGCUGCUCUCUUCGAAGGAAAAAACGUAUAUGCAAACAGUAGGCCCUCUGUGGAAUCGGUUUGACACCUGCGUGCGUACAUGCUUGAGUAUAAUUCAUGUUACAGUAUGUGAUAGAAGGAUUUAAUUAUUGUUUUAAUUGUGGUUACUGCAAUACAUACUUGUCCAAUGCCAGUGACCUAAGUUGCCUUUGCAAAAUCUCUGAAGUGCUACUGAACAUGAACAGAUUUUGAAAUUGAAUUUCAAAGGACAUUUUGAUGUGUAAUCUGUCUUUGUUUGGAUUUAUGGAAUUGAAAGCAAUAAAUUUGGACUUGAAAUGCA